CAUAAUUCUGAGUCCAUGGUACUUGAAUACUAAUAUUCAACUGGAUGAUCUUUUGCAAAAAUAUCCUUCCAUUCCAUUCGAUUCACUUGGUUCUCAAUCAUCUCAAAAAUUAAUCAAAACCAUCUAUGCAGAAUUAUUUGGAUUAUCAAAGAAGGUCAUUAACUACUUUUAUUUAUGA